AUGCUAAACCUGGGGAUCCCUCACCUUCUGCUGCUUCUGCAACUGUUGCUGUUGCUGCUGCUGCUGCUACUGCUCAAAUGUCAAGGCUGGGCGGACCGGUUCGGGUUGUUACUCCGCCUGCCUCGUGUCUUUUCAUGGUCUGUGUGGGCAAGGGCAAGGUAUUUGAUGGACUGGGACAAGGGCUUGAAUGAUCGACUUCCACAUCCAUUCUUUUUCUCUGCGGUGCUCGGUAAUUAUUAUUACAUAAAGAACAUUGCAAAUGAGCGAAAUGAGCGGCAUUGA